ACUCAAAAUGAGGCUUGCGCACGCGCUGUUUGUAAAUUGUUUGACUACUAAGCGCCAAUGCUGAUGUUUCGGAUGGGCCAAUUACUGAAUGGCAAUACCUAUAAGUAUAAGAAAUAUGCCUGAUCAUAUAUGGUCACAACUAGGUGGAACAAGUAGCCAGACCAAACAAAAUGGGGUAUCAAGCUAUGGGAUGCUCCACUUUCCUAAAGCCAAAGUGAUAUUAUGGGAUCCAACACCAAUAGGAACACCAAUCUACCUCAGUGUUGCAUGUUAUAGAAAACCACGGGUACAUUUAUCUGACAAAUUAUUAAGACUAUUACAUCGUCAGUGUGAAAAUAACCCACUGCAAACUUUAACAACAAUAUUACUAGGAUCUCUUAUAGUUGAUGACGAUGGAGAAGGGAUAACAUUUCAGAUUGAUAGAUUAGAUACCAGACAAAAUGUAGAAAACUCACUAAAUUUAGCACCUGAAGAUAUAACUGUACCAUUUCAGGUGUAUAUAAAUGGGACCAAGGAAAGAGAAUCUAAUGUGGAGGAGUUUACUCAAACUCUAAAGUCAUUAAAAGAAAGAUGUAUUAGUAAAGAAAGUAUUGAUUUGGGUAGUUUCUUACCGACUAGAGGAUGGUGUAAUUAUUAUACUGGAGGAGAAAACUGUAUAGUUCAUAUCGAUUUUAAUGUUGUUACAUUAGCUACAGAAUUUAAAGCUAUACCCAUAACUCCUGUACCCAUUGUUCCAACAGCUUUGUCUAAAAAUUUGGCUGGACCACUUAGUUUUAGCCAUAUUCAAGGUGUUUCUAAAACAGGGUACCUUACAAUGGAUCAUACAAGAAAGUUACUCUUGGUAUUAGAAUCAGAUCCCAAAGCUUUGAGUCUUCCUAUAGUUGGCAUCUGGAUAUCUGGUGCUCCUGUAGUUCAUCAUCCAUUUGUUUGGUCUGCAUGUUUAAGAUAUAUUUAUAAUGAACAUAUUCAAGAUAGAGUAUGUAGUCCUCCAGAAAACUUUCUUGUAGUGCUGUAUAGUCCCUUACAUUCAAAACCAGAGUUUUAUGAAUGUGGUACAAAAAAUGGAAAUAGUGGAUUAGACUUUGAUCUGCAUUGUGGUUAUGAAGCUUCCAAUAUGGCCAGGAAUGUAAAAAAUCCAAAUGAUGGUGUAAUAUCUAUGGAUUUAAACUGUGUACAAGUUGGACCAAAGCGUGAAAUAUUUGAUGCAGCGUUGAAUGUUUUUAGUAGAAACAGGUGUUCAGAUAAACCAAUUGUAAAAUCCAGUGGUCCCGAGGACAUGGAGCCCAGAUUAACUCCUGCUCCACUAAUAACAAUGGCUCCAAUGAUACAAAAUCUGGUACCAGAUGUUUCCUUUGUUUUGACUGAUCCUCCUACAGGAGCCCAAUAUUCGAAUCAACAGCGUAUUCAGGCGCAUAAAAUGCAUGCAUAUCCGUCUUUUAGUAAACGAAACUCUGGACCAACUUCUACUGGAUAUGUUUCAUCACCAAAUCGCGGAUUUAAUCAAAAUACUGGAUUACCAAGCCAAAAUAACCACAAAAAUCCCAGUGUUCAUAAUAAUGAACGUCAACUAGCAACAUCGAAUGCUCACAUGUUAUCACAGACAAAUGUGCCAAAUAAUAAUUACCAUAGUAACCAUCAGUAUUCACAGAUGCCUUCAAUGAACAAUGGUCAGCAACCUUUUAAUAAUUCAAAUUUACAUCAAGUUUCAAAUGGUGUUCAACCAUUUGAAUGUGCACGUCAGAAUCCCAUACCAUCUUCAGAAUAUUAUAGACCUAAUAUACCUGGUUCUUAUAGUGUGAAAAAUGAACAAUAUCAGCAGUCAACACCAAAUGAUAUACCAGUAUACUAUCAUCAUCAGUAUGGUCUUCAUAUGUCCUUACCUAAUCAUUGUACAGUGCCUUCAUCUGUGCCUCAAAACCACAAUAAUUCUUUUCCUCAAUAUUCUAGUGCUCCCCGCCAACCACCACCAGUGACUUACAAUACUGUACCAAAUACAGCUCAAAUACAACAAAAUUUUCAACAAGUUCCCUUUCAAAACAGUGUGAGAAAUGAAUUCUUUCCGCAAUCUACCCAUUGUUCUAAUAAUAAUGUGCCAGUUUAUCAAAAACGUAAUAGUGCUUUUCAUCUUGUUCAAAACCCUUCUUUAGUGAACGAACAAAAUCAGUUAUCUCAAUCAACUCAACGUAAUCUUCCACCAUCUUGUAAUAGACAAUCUGUGAAUCAAGUGAGUGAACCAACAGCCAAACAGUGCCACAUAACCAUAACAACCUCAGAUCUCCUUGUUUCUCAGUCAGCUCAAAAUGUAGCCCAAGCCGACAGUACAUGCAGUAAUAAAUCAAGUGAUGAUAGCGGUCUUAGUGUAACACCAGACAGAUCUAAUCCAUCACCUAAAACUAACAGCCCGGAAAAUAAAUCACAGAAUUCUAAACCCUUUUCGAUGGACUUGUUAAAUAAAGAACAAUGUUCUCCAGAGGUUUAUAAUUUAUUAAUGCAACAAAAUACUCAACUUCAACAACUGCAAUCUCAGAUACAGCAAUUACUUCAACAACAGCAACAGCAGAAUUCAACGACCAGUGUAGAGAUGUUGAGGAAUGCUACUACACCAGAUAAAGAGACUAGAUAUUAUACACUACCCAUAAGCAACAGAUCUGAUACUCUACUACCUUUAUCACCACAACAAGAUGGUAUAAAUCAAAAUAAAUCAGAUGUCAGAAAUUCACAUAUAAAUCAAAGUGAAGAGAUACAGCCACCUACUGUACAAGCUAACAAUAUGGUGGGGGAUGGAUCAGACAGUGGUAGUGCAGGAUUAACCCCAGUUGAAAUCAGACAUAAGGGAGUCUUACCAUUAAAUAGUACACAGCUAGAAGAUAUAGAGCCAGCUAGAGAUGAUCUAUUAACUGUAAUGAAUAAUAUAGGAUUAAAUGACAGAACAGUUAGUAGGCAGUCAGAAGAAAGUCCAAGUUUUCAUUCGUCUUCAACAAGGUCUAAUAGUAUUAGUAAAAACAGUAUUUUAACAUCCAGUCCUCCUAGUGCUAGUAUGUGCACCAACAGUUUUCCAAGUCAAAUCUUAGAUGACAGUCAAAGUUCAAGACAAGAAGCAAACUCAGAGAAUCCACAUUACUAUGAAAAUCUAAUUGCUAACAUUCGCCAGUUUUUAAAUAGUCAUGAUGAGAAUCCUGAUGAACCAACAACUGUAUUAACAGAUGAACCUACAUCCUUAACAGAUCAUACAACAGAAUCUGAUCACUUAAUAAAUAUUUCCUCUUUACAGUCCUUCCUCAAGUCGACUGAAAGUGGUAAACAUGUAGAUACAACCCUAAUACCUAAAAUCAACUAUAUGUCAAUGAUGUUUGAUUCAGAUUCCGAUACAUCAGUAGAAAUAAAUGCCAUGGCUAUGAAAUAUUUAAAAGAUGAACAACUCACUCAGAUGAUGAAACUUCAACAUCGUGCAUCAACACUAGGCAACUCAAAUGGACAAAAAACGACAUUACUUAGACAGCUGUUACAUAGUGAUAUGCCAGAUCUAUCACAAAAUAAUCCAUCUGUUAAUGAUAUGACCUUUGCUACUAGGAAAUAUAUGGAGAAACAUGGACUAUUAGACAAUGGUACUGAUAUUUCAGAUAAAUCUAUAGAUUAUGAUUAUCAGAUGAAAACUGAUUAUAGUGUAUCAUCUAAUGAAAUGGCUUCCCCUGUUCGUCAAACCACUAGACCCAUUCAGAGAAAAGAUCUUACUGAUGCCUACACUAAAUUACGAUUACUUAAAAGUCCUGUUAAAAAAGAAAUUGUGUCUGGAAGAGAAGCUGUCAUUAGUCCCGAUUUUUCUCCACAAUCAUAUAAUAUUCCUAACUAUCGUCGACAAUUUUCCUCAGAUAGUUCUCCAAUAUUUGACAGAGGCAAUAGUAAGCCAUUACUAUAUGAUCAAGCACAUAAUCAGAUAUCAAUUAAUGAUGAUGAUAAAAUUCUAGACAUUGUCAAACUUAAACAAUUACCUAAAUUAUUAUAGUAUAUAUCUAGUCAGUAGUAUGUAGUAAACUCAGUAGAUGCAUUUAUUAUUUGUGUGACAGAAUGACAACAUGGUUAUAGAUUAUCAAAAUCGUUUGAUAACUUAAGGUGAUAUUUAACAUUUUAUACAAGAAAAUGACACAUUCGGAAGAAAAAUGAAAAUGGAGAAAAGGCAGUUUAAACAUAAAUGUUGAUAUUUCAGUUUCUGAGCCGUUUAUAGUAGUCAUUUUUAUAUGCCUACAUUGAAAUGUGGUCGUGUAUUGUCGUCGCCCCUAGUCCAUCCGUCCAUCCGGCGUCCACAAUUGCUUGUGUAUGCUCUAGAGGCUAAAGUUAAUAUCUGAUUGACUUUAAAUUUAUACACAGUGUUUAAGGUCAUGUGCGAAGAAGCCUAUUAAUUUUCAGCGAUUUCUGAUAAUUACUGCCAGACUUUAAAUUUAUAUGGAGUGUUUGAGCUCAUGAGACGAAGAAUCCUAUUGAUUUUCAAUGAUUUCCGAUAAUUACUGCCAAAGUUAUGGCCCUUGAUCACUUUGAAAAUCUUGUGAAGUUCUAGAGGCUUACAUGUAUGUUAUCAUCCGAUUGACUUCAGAUUGAUACACAGAGUUUAAGGUCUUGAAACGAACAAGUAUAUUGAUUUUCAAUGAAUUUUGAUAAC